CUCAGCUGGUCCAAACAGAAUUUAAAACCCCACCAACCUGCACUGUCUAACAGUGGAAAAGGAAAUGACUAGAACACCACAGAGCUCCAUCACCACUGACUGUAUCUGAAUUCUACGCCAUCCUAAAGGAUUACUGAACUGAAGGAAAUUGCAGAAUGGCAGACUUUGAACUAUAUACCUACCAGCAGGAAGUGGUUGAAAGGGCUCUUAAGAGAGAGAAUAUCAUAAUCUGGCUGCCGACAGGAGGUGGAAAAACCCGUGCUGCAGUGUAUGUGGCCAAAAGACACCUGGAGACCACACCAAAGGCUAAAGUGAUGGUCCUGGUAAACAAGGUUCACCUUGUUGAUCAACAUUACAACAAAGAGUUUGAGCCUCACCUGAGUCGUGACUAUGAUAUUAGGAAAGUCAGUGGAGUGAGUGAUGAGAAGGACUUUUUUGGGUUAGUGGUGCAGGACUCAGAUGUGGUCAUCUGCACAGCACAGAUCUUGUACAACGCUCUGAUUAACAAGGAGGAAGCAAGACAUGUUGAGCUGUCAGAUAUCACUCUGCUGAUAAUCGAUGAGUGCCACCACACUCACAAAGAGGGAGUCUACAACAAAAUAAUGAGACUCUAUGUGGAGAAAAAGUUGAGAGAAGAACAACCACUGCCACAGAUCCUGGGUCUCACAGCAUCCCCGGGGACAGGGGGCGCAAAGACCCUGGACAAGGCUGUGGAGCACGUACUGCAGAUUUGUGCCAACUUGGACUCAGCCAUAGUUUCAACUAAAAAAUAUGCUCCGGAGCUGAAGGAAAGGGUACCCAGACCCAAAAGAUUCUUCGACAUUGUGGAACAGAGAGCUAAAGAUCCUUUUGGUGAUCAUCUGAAAUGGAUGAUGAGCCUUAUCCACGAUUACAUGGAUCUUCCUCCAGACUUCAGACUGCGAGAGUGUGGAACACAAGAAUAUGAGGCAGACGUGGUGAUUCUGGAGCAGCGAGGAGUACAAGAGAACAACAGGCUGCUUGCGCAAUGUGCAUUACACCUCAGGCAGUACAGCGAUGCCCUGCUCAUCAAUGACACCCUGCGGAUGGUUGAUGCUUAUCGCUCUCUAAAGGAGUUCUAUAUCACAAAGCGCACCAUGACCAUUGAUGGGACAGACUUCUUCCUGUUGGGGCUUUUUGAAGAGAAUCAGGUGGAGCUAAAGAACCUUGCUAUGGAUUCUCAGUUUGAGAACCCAAAGAUGGCCAAACUUCAGAGCACUCUACUAGAACAGUUUGGUUCAGGUGUCCCAUCGAAGGGAAUCAUCUUCAGUAAAACUCGUAAAAGCACCCACUGCCUGAAAGACUGGGUCCUCAAAAACAGGGAGCUGCAGGAAGCCGGCAUUAAAGCAGACAUCCUCACCGGAGCUGGCAGUGGCAUCAACUACAUGACACAGAACGAACAGGCAGAAACAAUCCAGAAUUUCCGCCGGGGUGCUCUGAACCUCCUGAUCUCCACCAGUGUGGCUGAAGAAGGUCUUGACAUACCUGAAUGCAACCUGGUGGUGCGCUAUGGACUCCUUACAAAUGAGAUCGCCCAGCAGCAGGCCACUGGACGUGCACGAGCAAAAGACAGUCGGUAUUCAGUGGUUGCCCAGGCGGGCGGACGCGAAGUUCGCCGAGAGCACAUGAAUGAAUAUCUGGAGGACCUGACUGGAAAAGCCAUUGCCUCUGUCCAAAGUCUGAGCCACCGCGAGUUUCACACAAAGAUAACCGAGCUUCAAGAGAAGGCAUUCUUUUGCAGUAAACUUGAACAGCGACACCAAGCAGACAGGAGGAGCCGUAACACUGCUGCCAGUAUCCAGCUCCUGUGUCGAAACUGUUUUACACCCGUGGCUUCAGGCAGUGAUAUUAAGCUUGUCGAUAAUGUGCAGUAUGUCAACAUCAACCCUGACUUUAAGAGGCACUACAAAGUCGGAGAGCAGGUGUUUCUCGACAGGAGCUUUGAGGACUGGGAGCCUGGGUGUAGACUCAGAUGUAAAAUAUGCAACAAGGAAUGGGGAUUUGAGAUCAAGUACAAGAAGUCUGCCUUAAUGCCAAAUCUAGCCAUUAAAAACUUUGCCCUGGAGACCCCUGAUGGCAGAAGGACAGUGAAGAAAUGGAAGGAUGUACCUUUCACUGUUGAGGACUUCAGCAUCGAAGAAUACAUCGAGGAAAACUUCCCCGACUUAUUUAAUUGAGAUGCCAAUAAGAGAGCUCUCUCAUUGGCUUUUCUUCUGCACUUUAAUGUCCACCUUUAUUGUAUGUUCACGUGUUCAUCAACACAGACUUCAAAAAUUCUGUACUGUAACAUGAACCUUAACCGGCAUGAACAUCUGACAUUUUAUCAGGGCAAUAUUCAUUCAUGAAUUCUUUUAGCUAUUUAAUGUUUUUAGAUGUAAUACUACCCGUGUGUGUGUAUAGUAUGCUAUUAUGGUUUUUGACAAUUUAUGUAACAAAAUUUUUCUAUGGUAACCUAGUCUUAAGAAAUAUCAUUGUUCACUAAUUGCUGAAAUCAUCCCCUUUUCUGUUUAUGAUGUAUCAGUUUUUUAAACUAAAUCUAAAGUUGAUGAAUUUAACACCUUCAGUCACUUUGUGUACAUCACUUUCUGUAGUUAUUGAUUGUACUGUAAUAUUCACCUAAAGAGAUUAUGUAGGCAGAAAAUGUUUUUUUUUUUUUCCCACCAAAAUUCCUGUAUUGUGACCAAACUGUUGAACAGUUCAUAAUUUUGCCUUUAUUAACCUGUAGGUGUCAGUGUUGGACAGCCAGUGUCCACACCCUGAGAAGUGCUGCAAUUCUUGUCUGUUAUUGCUGACAGACGAUAUUAAUUUAACCAGGACUGAAACAUUCCACGUGGAUUUUCACAAUCAAAAACUGUCCAUGGGUCUGAUGUAAUAGAAGUGUCUGAAUCCACAGAUAAUCUGUAAAAAUGCUGAGAUUGAAUGACUCCACUAACAGCCAAACGUGACGCCCAUGAGCAAGGCGUUUGAACCCCAACCGCUUCCGUGAAUUGUACCAGCAACAUGGCUGGUCAGACUGUGCCGUCUCCUGACGUGUCUGUAAGAGGGAUGUGCAUUCAGCUGGCUGAAAGGGUGCACAGUACCUGCUUUGGUGAUGCUAUAAAAAUGUAUGUUUAUCUCUCUGCAUAAAAGUAUUGCAUAAAUAAAAAUAGGUGAAAACACAGUUUCAGACCUGAACAC